CUUCCUUCUCUUGAAUGAGCUUUGAACAAGCGAUAUUUUAUUCAGGGGGAUAAAACUGUAAUUACGGGGAUAUUUUAUUGUCAUUUUUGUUAACAAAACCGGGCAAAAUUCCGACCAAAGAGGAGAAGGGUACUAGCGCUCCCGAGGUUUCUGUUUUGGGUGGUUUUUCCUUGAGGUUCUACAUCGAGUGCCCCGAGGGCUUCUGCAGACUCAAGCAGAAGUUUAACUUCAACGCAGAACCACCGUGGGAACCCAGCUAGUAUCGGUUGAGUGCAGGUGUUUCCUCUGGCCAGAUUGCUUGCAUAACUUUUGAUAAUCAUGAAGAAAUACCUCGGAAAUAACUGUACCGUUCAAAUGAUAACCUAUGAACGAUCCAUCAAGAGCCUUGUCCAGGAGAAAGCUGCCCUCCAUGACCGAGAGGUCAAAGAGGAGGCUUUCUUUAUUGGUGACCUUGGGGACAUCAUCGCAAAGUAUCAAGUCUGGAAAGAGACACUGCCAAGGGUUAUGCCCUUCUAUGCUGUUAAGUGCAAUGAUGACUAUGCUGUCCUGAAGCUGUUGUCUGAUAUUGGAGUCAAUUUUGACUGUGCAAGCAAGGCAGAAAUCAUGAAAGUGUUGGAUUUGGGAGUGGAUCCUUCCAGAAUCAUCUAUGCCAAUCCAUGCAAACAGAACUCCUUCAUCAAAUAUGCUGCCAAGAAGAAUGUGGAGAUGAUGACUUUUGACAAUGAGGAUGAGUUGCAUAAAGUCAAAGCUUUAUUUCCUGAAGCCAAGUUGGUGCUGAGAAUCCUCCCUCCCUCCAACUUUAAGGUUCAAUGUGAGCUAGGGAACAAGUAUGGAUGUCACCCUGACAAAGCCUGCACCCUGCUGGAGGUGGCUCGCAACCUUGGACUCAAUGUCAUGGGAGUCAGUUUCCAUGUUGGCAGUGGGUGUGAGGAAGCAGAAGCCUUUGCUGUGGCCAUUCAGCAGGCACGCAAUGUCUUUGAUCUAGCCAUUGACAUGGGAUUUGACAUGACCUUGCUUGACAUUGGAGGAGGGUUUCCAGGACAACAAUCAGCUCCAAUUCCAUUUAGUGCAAUUGCCAGUGUUGUCAAUGAGGCCUUGGACCAAUACUUCCCAGCUUCAGAGGGGGUAGAGAUCAUCGCAGAACCAGGGAGGUACUUUGUGGCGUCAGCCUUCACCCUGACUGUCAACGUCAUUGCCAAGAGGGUAGUGACCAAAGAGAAGACCAAUGAUGAUGACCCUGUGGACACCCAAGGACCGGUCAUGAUGUACUACGUAAAUGAUGGCGUGUACGGCUCUUUCAACUGCCUGCUGUUCGACCAUGCCAAGGUGGAAGUUAGCACUCUUCAGGAAAGUGACGAACGGAGUUACAGUAGCAGCAUUUGGGGACCAACCUGUGAUGGACUGGACUGUAUUCUGGAGGACUGCCCCCUCCCCGAGCUCCGGGUGGGACACUGGCUCUUCUUCAGGGACAUGGGUGCAUACACCAUGUCUGCAGCCUCGACCUUCAAUGGCAUGCCUCCCCCUCAGAAGUACUACUUUUGUGAACAAGAUCAGUGGAAUAUGGUUUACCCAGAGAGAGUGCGAAAGAGCAGCUACAUCCAGAAGAUCCCGUUCAUGAUGACUGGUCAUUUGGUGGAUGAAGCCCAUGAUUUUGCCGAUGAAAUCUUCGGCACUUCUCCAGCGGCUGAGGCUUUAGUUGGAUCGCCUUAUGGUUUUUAGUUUAUGAGGAACUUCAGAUUCAUGUGUUCUUAGAAUGAUUGACAAGAGUUAUGCACACAAUGGAAACACCUGCACUUAUUGUAAUACUGGUCAGAAAGUGGAGACUGAGUCUUUGGCAUUUUUCCCAUAUAUCAUGUGAGAUAAAUGCAAUAAGAUUUCGGUUUCCUCUUUUCAAAUAAAUUAAUCUGAACAAUUUUA